UGUAGUUCCAUCACUGGAGCAUCGACCUAUCGACACAAGUCCAACUUUAUGUGUUGAACAAAUUAAUUAUCAGUCUUAUUACCUUUAAAUGCACAAUGUAAAGAGGGUCUUUUUAUCAGAUAUGUAUCCUUUGUUUUCAGUUACCUAAUACCAGACUUUGAGGUGCCCACGUGAUGCGGCGAGCUUUUAUUUAGCUUAGCAGGCUAGUCUCACGCCGGUCACGACUAGUUAAGGUGAAGCUUUUAUGUUGUUAACUAGUUCAUUAACCAGCUGCAGAAGCACCGAGAAAACCUGCAACACUGGACGCCUAGAAGCUCAAGCACCUUUUACUUCACAGCAUGAACUGCCCCCCUACGAAGCGACUCCGAGGCCUGAACCAGGAAGUAGUGACGGCCUUCGAAGACCCUUUUGGAGAUGAUGAAGAAUUCACCCAGGAUGACUUGAAUGAAAUAGACAUCCUUGCCUCACAGGCCAUCACCUCAGGAGAAGGAGGGACAGGAAUGGGAUUUAACCCAGGAACCAGGCCCAGCGGGCCCACUCGACCAACGACUCUGACCAAAGCUGCAUCCAAUAAGAGCAGAGAAAAUUCAUUUGGUCACAGAAGCAAUGCUGGAAAACCUAGCAGGGAACCUCUUGGUAACAUGCAGCAGCAGUUUGAAUCAGGAAGAGAGGACUCGUACAGACUGCUGGAGGCCCAGCACGCAGACCUUAAGAGGAAGCUGAAGGAGGUGGAGGAGGGGAUCGUGUUGAAGAGCGGAGAGAUCCAGGUCCUGAGAGACUCUCUGAAAGCAGCUCAGCAGCAGAAAGAGACUCAGAGACAAAACCAGAUCCAGCAGGAGACUGAUAGGCAGAAGGAGCACAGUGACAGGGAGAAGGAGCUCAACAGGAAGGUUCAGUCGCUGCAGUCUGAGCUACAGUUUAAAGAAGCAGAAAUCAAUGAGAUGAAGACCAAACUACAAUAUUCAGACAAAAACAAGAUGGCAUCUCCACUGGCUAGAAACAGUCCCAAAGUCCUCGGCUCUCUGGGCCAGAUGCAUCAUGGGAGUGGCAGUAGCAGCUCUUCUCCAGUUGGAAACGGUUUCAAAGAAAUGUUUGAUGUCCAGACAUCAUCCAAAAUGACACCAGUGAAAACACCGGUGAAGACAUGGAGAGAUGAUAGAGGGUCCAGCAGCAGGUCUGGGGACAGACACGAAGCGCCUCGUCCAGACCCCUUCCUGUCUGUCAGGCCUGCUCAUCUGCAGUACAGAGGUGGUGUCCUGCUCAGAUUGUUGUUGCAGCAGCCUCUGUUUCCCAGCAGUCUCGGCCUCUCUCACCUGCAGGCCAUGGCCAACUCCAGUGAGCUGUCAGCAGGCUGCCAGCUUUCCUCUGAUCCACCCGGUGCAGCCAGUGUGGAUGGAGCUGGGUCCUCCAGAGCUGCUUUGAAUUUGGUCCAGAGUCUGGCUGUAACUGGACUGAACUUGAUGAGUCAGAGUCAGCCAGGGACUCCAGCCAGUACCAGACAUAACAGGUCGUGUCCCGGCGCUGUCCUCCUGCUCCCACUCUUGGACCUUCACCUGUCUCAGGUCUGUGUGGUUCUGGACUCGCUCCGAUCCUCUGCUGCUGGCCGCCGAGGUUCGGACUCUGCAGCUACCUGCUCACUUUCGGCCUUUCCGGGGCUGGGGGGGUCCGAGGAAGCUGGACCGUCUGGUUUCAGCCCUGAAGACGCUGGUUUAGCUGCUCUGAGGCUCCUCCGUGUCCUGCUAGCCCACAGCGACGAGGCGGUGGUGGCCGUGUUGUUAAAGGAGACUGGCAGCACAGACAACAAGACUGAAUGCUCUGCAGCACGUUUGGGUCCCUGCUCCCACAACACCCUGCUGCCUUCGCUCCUGCGGCUGUGUGACACGCGGCUCGCUGAUAACAGCUCGCAGAAGGACGAGCUUGUCCUUAGCGCUGUGAAGACACUGUGUGUCCUCAUUGAAAGGACACCACGAGCACAUUCUGAGAGGUUGCAGUGUGUUUUGCAGGUAGUGUGUAUGUGUGUGACGGCAGACAGCCGGCUGCAGACCGUGUCAGAGUGCGUGUCUGUUCUCUCUGCGAUGUCUGAUCAUGAAGCUCUGGCCAAACAGCUCUGCUCUGAACACGAUCCUUGUAUUUUCCUGAAGUUGUUCAAAUGGAUCAGAACCAGACCAGACAACCGAGCAACACACACAGACUGGAUUCUGCUGGACCUGCAGGUGGUUCGCCUGUUGAGCAGACUCACUCAAGGGGCACAGACCUGGAUGACCACCGAGCAGCGCACCUGUCACUGCCACAUUGAGCUGGUUCAGACAGUUGUGAUCGUUCUCCACCGUCAGUGGCUUGAUAUUCGUGGUUCUCAGGAACUAAUGGACUCAACAGUCUCGUCCCCGCAGCGGUGCUCCGGCUCACGUUGGUGCCGCAGCCCGGCGGCGUCUCUGCUUCGAGAGUGUCUGCUGCAGCUGCACUGGCUGCUGCUGCACCACGGCAACUUCUCAGAGAGCUGCAGGCCGCUGCUGCACAUGUACGACCAGAUGAUCCCGGCUGUACGAGACACGCUGAGGAAGAUCCCGGAGCUGAGCGAGAGCGAGGAACUGGCCUUGGAGGACAUCUGCCGCUCUGAGGGUGAUGACACCGACGACAUGGACACGGACACUGGGUCCUGAUUGGCUGCUGCCGCUGACCCCUGGACGCGCACGAGGGACAGCAGAUCAGAUGUUUCCACAGACUGAAGACGAGGCAGUUUCUUUGUUUCCAUCAAACAUUUAUGCGGCGUGGUUCUGAUCAGAGAUGAGUCGGAGGAAAACAGGAAUCAUUGUGCUUUCUAACAAUAAAACAUGAAGGUGAAAUAACACUGAGGCCGUCUGUAGUCAUGGCCGCUUGUUUUUCAUCGCCUUCCCUCUCCGACGGUCUGCUUUAUCAGAGGAACGUGUGCUGGCGACAACAGACUUUAAUCUCACACUUAUUAACAACUGUUAUCAGUUUCUCGGAACACCAAGAUGCCUUGUUUUAACUACUUUGUAAAAUCAACACGUAAUUAUUAAAGAAACUGAAAAUUUCCAUUUCAUGAAACAUUUGUCCUCAGUGAUGAUUUUAUACCUUCCACUACUCUAAUACUUAGUUGUCAUGAAUUAUUAGAGAAUAAAAUAAGGGAGAGCUUCUGCUUAUGCUGCUGUUUGUUCUGGAGCAGAAAGUUAGUUAAAAAAAUUGAGACCAUUCUUAUGUCUAAAAUAUAAAGUUACAAACACUGGUGCAAUAACGAUUGCCUCACCACCUCAUACCAGCACUUACCAAAGAUACCUUGUUCCGUUUGUUCCUUUCUAGAUUUAAUAUGUACAAAAACAGAAGUGUUAAAUCUGAAAUUGGCUCAGUUCAGUACAGGUAAAAGAUUAAAAUAAAAAAAUCUUAACACAGCAGUUGUUGUGUACAAGUAAGAAAACAGCAAGUUAGUUUUAAUAUAGUGCAAAUAAAUAUAGUUUGGGGAUCAAAGCUCUUGAAAUCUCGUCAUUAAAAUGAGGACGAACACUAGAGGGCGUCUUGUCUGUUGAGUAGAGGUCGUUCACACUCGGGGAAAAGGUCACGAGUGGGAAGACCGAUUUUAGUCAAGCUAUCUCAAGAUUAUCACCUCAGUUUUGUAUCAUAAUUCAACAAGUGGUGAUUAUAAUUCCCCUCUAAUUCUGAGAUUUAAUCAUACAGUCACUGAUCAGAACUGCUCAUGUUAUCCAUCACCUGGUAUUUCAAAUCAAAAUGUCACAAAAAAAAACAUGAUUGUAAAAG